AUGUCGCAUGGGAGCACGUCCGAGAGUAGCUCGUCGUCUGCUCAGUCCAGCCAGCAGGUUGACGAGGAGGCUGGAACCGGCGGGACGGCGGGCCGCAGACGUAAACUUCACGUUCAGGAGGUUAGCGACAGGUCUGCGCGAGUGGAGGGGGAACCUGAUGCACCACCCGUGCCAUCAUCGGACGACGAUCCCAAUGAGGCUCUCCCCGGGCGUAACCCAGUGCAUACCGAGGAUGAGGAUGAUGUGGAAGCAGACAACGAGGCUGAGGCCAAUGCAGAAGAGGCGGACGCCGGCGCAGAACGUGCACCGAAUGACACACCGGUCACGCGAGAGGAGCUGCAGAGCAUGCGGGAGCUCCAUGAAGCCACAGCACGUGCGAUUGCAAGGCUGGAGACUGCGUUCCUUGCGAAACCCAAUGAGGACAUCAACAAUAAGAGGAAGAGGCAUCGGAAGCGCGGAUCCGACAAGGGAAAGCGCCGCAAGGCGCAGCGUUCCUGCUCCACGUCCGAGACGGCGUCCGAGGAAGAGGGGGAGUUCGAAGAAGGGGAUGACGGCCACAUUCGACACUCCAGCUCUGCCAUUGUGCAGGAAGCGUUCGGACUCCUCCCUGUCGACAAGGGGUGGAAGGUACGCAUCAAGUAUAAGCUGGCACUGUCGCGAUGGAGUUGUGGCCGUAACGGGAUGCCGUUCGCCUCUGGUGCGUUUGCUGCAUGCGCGCGGGCAGCAUUCAAGCCACGGAUGGUGAACGGGACCGUGACGCUGAAGCUCUACCACGUGGCAUGGCUGGAGCACGUGGUCACAAAUGCUAUCAAGCACUGGGAGGCGCGCCAAGGUCGCUUCUCCAACUCCGCGGGCUCCAACGCGCAGAUCGUAGACGGCCUGCACGUCCUCGUCAAGGGUGAUGUUACUCGGGCCAUCGCGGAGUUCCGGCCCGAGUAUGACGCGGCGUCCCAGACAUGGGCAUGGGGCCGCCAUGGUCUUCGCAUCUCGGCGGACGGCAUAGCGGCUGCAGACGCGGUGAGCGCCGAGGCUAGCGCCAACCGCGGGACUCCGCGAGCAUAA